GACCUGAACAGAGGUGUUCUGGAAGCUAUGGCAUCGUCUGAUACUCAGGGGAAAAGAGUGGCUGUUAUUGGCGGUGGUUUGGUUGGAGCACUGAAUGCCUGCUUUCUUGCAAAGAGGAAUUUUCAAGUUGAUGUGUACGAAGCUAGGGAAGAUAUUCGCGUGGCUAAAUCUGCACGUGGAAGGAGCAUUAACUUGGCCCUUUCUUAUAGAGGACGGCAGGCCUUGAAAGCCAUUGGUCUGGAAGAUCAGAUCGUUUCCAAAGGUGUGCCCAUGAAAGCCAGAAUGAUCCACUCUCUUUCGGGAAAGAAGUCUGCAAUUCCCUAUGGGAACAAGUCACAGUAUAUCCUUUCAAUAAGCAGAGAAAACUUAAACAAGGACCUGCUGACUGCCGUGGAGUCCUAUGCCAAUGCGAAGGUGCACUUUGGCCACAAGCUGUCGAAAUGCAUUCCGGAGGAAGGGGUACUCACAGUGCUCGGACCUGACAAGGUUCCCCGAGAUGUCACAUGUGACCUUGUUGUAGGGUGUGAUGGAGCCUAUUCAACUGUCAGAGCCCACCUCAUGAAGAAGCCCCGCUUUGAUUACACUCAGCAAUAUAUCCCUCAUGGAUACAUGGAGUUGACAAUUCCACCUAAGAAUGGGGAGUACGCCAUGGAACCUAACUGUCUUCACAUUUGGCCUAGAAAUGCCUAUAUGAUGAUCGCCCUUCCAAACAUGGACAAAUCUUUCACAUGCACCUUGUUCAUGCCCUUUGAGGAGUUUGAAAGACUUCCAACGCGCAGCGAUGUGCUGGACUUCUUCCAGAAGAACUUUCCAGAUGCUAUCCCUCUGAUGGGAGAGCAAGCCCUCAUGAGAGAUUUCUUUCUGUUGCCUGCCCAGCCCAUGAUAUCAGUGAAGUGCUCUCCCUUCCACCUGAAGUCACACUGUGUGCUGAUGGGAGAUGCCGCUCAUGCCAUUGUCCCAUUUUUUGGGCAAGGAAUGAAUGCGGGCUUUGAAGACUGCUUGGUGUUUGAUGAAUUGAUGGACAAAUUCAAUAAUAAUCUUAGUAUGUGCCUUCCUGAAUUCUCAAGAUUUAGGAUCCCAGAUGACCAUGCAAUUUCAGACCUAUCUAUGUACAAUUACAUAGAGAUGCGAGCGCAUGUCAACUCUAGGUGGUUCCUGUUCCAAAAGCUCCUGGAUAAAUUUCUUCACGCGAUCAUGCCCUCUACCUUUAUCCCUCUCUAUACCAUGGUCGCCUUCACCAGAAUAAGAUACCACGAGGCAGUGCUGCGUUGGCAUUGGCAAAAAAAGGUGAUAAACAGAGGACUCUUUGUCCUUGGGUCCCUGAUAGCCAUUGGAGGCACCUACCUACUUGUGCACCAUCUGUCCCUGAGACCUCUGGAGUUCUUGAGAAGACCUGCCUGGAUGGGAACCACUGGCUACUGGACUAGGAGUACAGACAUUUCUCUGCAAGUUCCAUGGAGUUACUAGGACAAAUUCCCCCGUUCACCAACCAUAGUGUCAAAGUUCUGGGUAGCAAAUGUUUGAUUCCUCUUCCAUCUCAAGGGUGAAAAGCAUGUCUCCAUUGCCAUAUUCAGUUCACUGCUGGAAACUAAUUGUCAGCCUAGAAUUAAGCGUGGUGAGGAGUUUGUGUAUUUGUCAGCUGAGCGAGGGAAGAAUCUGUCUUGACAGGGUCUCAUCGGUUUGCGUGCUUGGGCUGGGCCUCUUCCAAUUUAAAAAUGCAAUAACCAACAUCUCUUUCACUUCUCAAAAGAACCCAUGUUUUUUCCUGUAGAGGACAAUAUAGGAUCAACAACACUGCUUGCCUAGUGCUACUUCCUCUUAAUGCAGUAGAUGGGGCUUGCAGGCUCAUAGCCACUUGCUAUGGUAGAGCUGAGAAUGAGAGACAAGGUGUUCUGAAGAGUUCCAGGAUAUAUCUGUUUUAUUUCCCAGUCUCCAGAUCUCAGAAUUAUUAUGUUUUUAAAAAGAAGGAAAGAGCUAUCAAUGGCAUUCUAAGUGAAGGAUGAGAAAGGGUUGUUAGUAGUAAUAAAUUUAUAGCAGGGAGGAGAGGAGAUAGGAGGGUGUUUUCCAGAAGCAUGGAGACACAGUUUAGUCCACUUCAGACGUACAGAAGUGGUUCCUUGACUGUCCCACGGACAGACGCAGAAGUUAACUUCAUCAUCAGAGUGCAGUGCACAGAUACCCUCUCCGCUUCUGUCUUCUCCAAGCUGGCUGACUGGGACCCUUAGAAGUUCUUUUCAUUGUCAAUUUUGAGAGCUACCAUAAUAGUUAACUAGAAAAUCAAAACCCGAGGAAAUAAAGAUAAAACAAAUUGGCAUUUCCCAUAAUGUCAAAGACAUCCUUGGGUCUUAACAAUCUAUAUUUGAUGUGUAGGGAAAGAAAAAUCAUUGUUUUCCUGGUAAGGGAUGUAGCACUGUGGGAGAGCGCUUAUGUAACCUGCAUAGGACCCUGGGUUAGAUUCACCAGCACUGCAAAAAUAAACAGAAACAUUGUUCCUUUUA